AUGGUCUAUCUUCUAUUGUAUGUGGACGACAUCGUACUCACAGCUUCCUCAGAUGCCCUGCUUCAUUCUAUUAUUGGUCGACUUCAUACUGAGUUUGCUAUGACUGAUCUUGGUGUUCUUCAUCACUUCCUGGGGAUUUCUGUCACUCGGUCUUCUGAUGGUCUGUUUCUGUCACAGCGGCAGUAUGCUCUGGAUCUUUUGCAGCGUGCUGGUAUGAGUGAAUGUCAUUCUACUACGACUCCAGUUGACUGCAAGUCCAAGCUGUCUGCGACUGAUGGUCCUCCUGUUGCUGAUCCUUCUGAGUAUCGGAGUAUUGCUGGCGCUCUUCAUUACUUGACUCUCACUUGGCUUGAUCUUGCGUAUGCUGUUCAACAAGUCUGUUUGUUUAUGCAUGACCCUCAGGAGCCACAUCUUGCUCUUGUCAAGCGCAUCCUGCGCUAUGUCAAGGGGACCUUGUCUUCUAGCCUUCAGAUUGGUAUUGGUCCUGUGGAUUCCCUCACUGCGUAUUUUGAUGCGGACUGGGCUAGUUGUCCUAACUCUCGGCGCUCCACUUCUGGCUACUGUGUUUAUCUCAGGGACACUCUGGUUUCCUGGUCCUCCAAAAGGCAGACUACCGUGUCUCGUUCUAGUGCUGAGGUUGAGUACAGGGCUGUUGCUCAUGUUGUGGCUGAAUGCUGUUGGAUCCGUCAGUUACUUCAGGAACUUCAUCUUCCACUCUCCAAGGCUACGGUCGUCUAUUGUGACAAUGUCAGUGCAGUUUAUAUGACUACCAAUCCAGUUCAUCAUCGACUGACCAACCAUAUUGAGAUAUAUAUUCAUUUUGUUCGCGAGAAGGUUGCCUUGGGGCAAGUUCGUGUUCUUCAUGUUCCUUCUUCACAUCAGUUUUCUGAUAUAAUGACAAAGGGCCUUCUUGUACAGUUGUUUACUGAUUUUAGGUCCAGUCUUGGUGUUCGCCAAGCUCCCCCUGCUACUGCGGGUGGGUAUUAG